GCAGGAUGGCGGGGAGGGCGGCCGCCGCGGGCACCACGGUCCUGCUGAUCACGGCCAACGUGGGCUCGCUCUUCGACGACCCAGAAAACCUGCAGAAGAACUGGCUUCGGGAGUUUUAUCAGAUUGUCCACACCCACAAGCCGCACUUCCUGGCCCUGCACUGUCAGGAGUUUGGAGGGAAGAACUAUGAGGCCUCCAUGUCGCAUGUGGACAAGUUUGUUAAAGAGCUGCUGUCGAGUGACGCGAUGAAGGAGUACAGCAGGGCGCGUGUCUACCUGGAUGAGAACUACCAGUCCCAGGAGCACUUCACAGCCCUUGGGAGCUUCUACUUUCUCCAUGAGUCUUUAAAAAACAUCCACCAGUUUGACUUCAAAGCCAAGAAGUAUAAGAAGGUCACGGGCAAGGAGAUCUACUCAGACACACUGGAGAGCACACCCAUGCUGGAGAAGGAGAAGUUCCCCCAGGACUACUUCCCAGAGUGCAAAUGGUCCCGGAAGGGCUUCAUCCGGACGAGGUGGUGUGUUGCUGACUGCGCCUUCGACCUGGUCAACAUCCAUCUCUUCCACGACGCAUCCAACCUCGUGGCAUGGGAGACCAGCCCAUCCGUGUACUCGGGAAUCCGGCACAAGGCUCUGGGCUACGUGCUGGACAGGAUCAUUGACCAGCGCUUCGAGAGAGUGUCCUACUUUGUCUUCGGAGACUUCAACUUCCGCCUGGAUUCCAAGUCCGUUGUGGAGACUCUCUGCACAAAAGCCACCAUGCAAACCAUCCGGGCUGCUGACACCAACGAAGUCGUCAAGCUAAUAUUUCGAGAAUCGGACAAUGACCACAAGGUCAUGCUCCAGCUGGAGAAGAAGCUUUUUGAUUACUUCAACCAGGAGGUCUUCCGAGACAAUAACGGCACAGCGCUCCUAGAAUUUGACAAAGAGUUGUCUGUCUUCAAAGACAGGUUGUGUGAACUGGACAUCUCGUUUCCUCCCAGCUACCCGUACAGUGAGGACUCCAGUCAGGGCAAGCAGUACAUGAACACCCGGUGUCCUGCCUGGUGCGACCGCAUCCUCAUGUCCCCGUCCGCCAAGGAGCUGAUUCUGAGGUCAGAGAGUGAAGAGAAGAUUGUCACCUAUGACCACAUUGGGCCCAAUGUCUGCAUGGGGGACCACAAGCCCGUGUUCCUGGCUUUCCGGAUGGCGCCCGGGGCAGGUAAAGCUCACGCGCCCGCGCACAAGUGUUGUGUCGUGCAGUGACGUGUGG